UACUUACUUAACGGAACCCUAAAUUGAACUUUGAUUCUCUGCUACUGGGGUUGAUACAUUUCUAAAAUUGUAUUUAACUGGGUUGAAAUUAAAGCACAGGCAUACACAAAGGGCUUUCCCAGUCUGCAUGGUCUACUGUUGUUGUAAGCACUCAGCUGAAUAUUCUAAAAGUGCCUUUGAGCUUGGGAUUUAGCAUUCACUUAAGCAGACGCAUGAUCUGGUCUCUGAAGCAGUUUGAUGCAAUUUCUCAUUGUUUUCAGGUGAAAUCAGAUGCUACUGUGAUGCUGCCCACUGUGUGGCAACUGGCUAUAUGUGUAAAUCUGAGUUGAGUGCCUGCUUCUCUAGGCUUCUUGAUCCUCAGAACACAAAUUCCCCACUCACCCAUGGCUGCCUGGACUCUCUCGCAAGCACAGCAGACAUCUGCCAAGCCAAACAGGCACAAAACCACUCUGGCACCGCCAUACCCACAUUGGAAUGCUGUCAUGAAGAUAUGUGCAAUUACCGAGGGCUGCAUGACGUUCUCUCUUCUCCCAAAGGAGAGGCCUCAGGACAAGGAAACCGGUAUCAGCAUGAUGGUAGCAGAAACCUCAUCACCAAAGUGCAGGAGCUGACUUCUUCCAAAGAGCUGUGGUUCCGGGCAGCGGUGAUUGCUGUUCCAAUUGCUGGAGGGCUGAUUUUAGUGUUGCUUAUUAUGUUGGCCUUGAGGAUGCUGCGAAGUGAAAACAAGAGACUGCGGGAUCAGCGGCAACAGAUGCUCUCCCGUUUGCACUACAGCUUUCACGGACACCAUUCCAAAAAGGGGCAGGUUGCAAAGUUGGACUUGGAAUGCAUGGUGCCAGUGAGUGGGCACGAGAACUGCUGUCUGACCUGUGACAAAAUGAGGCAAGCAGACCUCAGCAACGACAAGAUCCUCUCUCUCGUUCACUGGGGCAUGUAUAGUGGGCACGGGAAGCUGGAAUUCGUAUGACCGUGUCUUAUCUGAACUGAGCUUCUUGGACGCUUUGAAGGCCUUUGAGUUCCGCUGGACAGGAGCACUUUAUCUGAAGAAAAACAAACUCAUGUAAUCAACUUUGAGAGACAAAAUGACCUCUGCAAACAGAAUCUUGGAUGUUUCUUCUGAAGGAUUAUUUGCACAGACUUACAUACAGUCAAAUGUAUUUUUUGCUUUGAAAUUAUAAAAAGCAAAGAGAAGACUAUGUACACACUGUUACCAAGGUGAUUUGCAUCUGAGGGAGCUGGAAUGAGUACCUAAAUAAACUAAAAUGUGUUGUAUGUAAGCUCCUACAUCUUGAUUUAUUGUAAAGAUUUAAAAAUAUAUAUCUAUAUUUUUGUCUGAAA